CCUUGCAGGCCCCGGCAAGCAGCUGUUUUGAAAUGCCCAUGCACCUCCCAUGUCUUUUUGCCAAGACUGUAUUGUUUUUAACCUUAAACAGAGAACAUUGUACCUUCUGCUGGUGCUCGUUUCUCCAACUCUUCAGAAGCUGUGAAUCAGGUCCAUUACACUGUACAAUGAUGUCCAAACUAAACUUAACAGGAGCCUUGUUAUGAGACAAAAGGUACAGCAAGGCUGCACUCUGCAUGUGCAUUUUGAAUUCUGCUGAUAACUGCAUUCUUGUUUGUAAUUUCCUGCAUUAUUCAGGCCAGCCGCCGUUUCAGACUUUACAACAGAAAAGCUUGAGUUCCUGUUUCCUCACAGGUCAGCUGUCUACUGACUGACAGGAUUCAGCAGCCGAGUACACAGUGGAUUAAACAACGGACAAUCAGCUUCUACUGGAUGUGUGCCCAGUUCUCACUGAGGAGGCUGUUGCUGGAUUUCUGUGCUGCCAGCCAGUACCCAGUACUGGGAGAGCUCCACAAAACUGAAAGACCCCUGAAGAAUGGACAAUAGCUAUGAAAAUUUAAUUGCCUGCAAUAAUAACACUGAUAAUAAUAUUGCAGAUUUACAGGAUUGUUACAUUUGUGGACAAGGAGAAGGGAGAUCCCGUGAUGCUUUGCAGAGCUUCUGUGAUUGCAAGACUUUGGUGACACAUGAGAAGUGUAUACUUACAUGGAUUUUAAAGGGAGCUGGAUCUGAAGACAGAUCAAGAUGUGGGAUCUGCAAAGCUGAGUACAUCUUGCAGAAAAAAUCCACAUGUUUGCAAAUCGCUUGCCAAUGGAGGACCUGGCUUGUCUGCAGCCUUAUGUUUUUGUGCAUGGUUCUCAAUCCCUUUGUGGUAUACAAAAUGAUGACGGCAUACAGGAACCCUCCUCCACACACCUUAUUUAAGGUGGCGGCAAUCUGUUUCGGGAUACUGGCAGAGAUACUGCUAAUUAAAUACCUUGUGAACUAUUGCCGCGCCAUGUACAGCACUGCCAAGAUGUCUUCAUUUUCGGUGCGGGCAAGAAGCGUGGAGAAAUGUGACACAGGCACUGGCCUUCUGUGGCCAGCAGCAGCCGCUCAGAACUCAUCAACAGCUGCGGUGAGCAGAGAAGGGGAGAGCAAGCAGGAGGCUGUCAAAGCAAGCGAGGGCCCCAGCCUCAAGCUGCGUGUGUGUGUCUGAGCACAAACCAACGCAGGGAGGCCUGAGCCCAAGGAAUGCCCAACAGCAAUGAAAAAGCAGAUUGACUCUCAGUGACUCAUUUAGCUUCUGGAUUGGUCAUAUUUCUCCCCUGCUGGCAACAUUAGCAGCAUUUCACUGGGACAUACACACACAUUUUUUUCUUGUCUUUAUAUCUUGAUAUUGGUGGUUGUAGGACUGGGGUAAAGAACUUGAGAGACACAGAAUAAAUGAAUGUUAACAGUGGUCUUGGCUUCAGUGACAUCCAACUGUCUGUUUUAGAAAGUGAUUUUGGCUAACCUAAAAGGAAAAGUAGGUGAGUCAAAAUUCCUGCCAUACAUGUUUCAGUUAUGAUUCACUGCAAUGACUUGCUUUCCGUGAAUGUUAUUACAUGGAAAAGGAAAACCAAAGUUCUUUACAACAUUUUGGGUAAUGUGCUUUCAUAAUGAUGCCAUAGGACAGGAGCCUGCAACCCCUGCAGCAGAUGAUUACACCAGACACACAUAGGGAGCAAACAUGUUUCUGUGUGGUGCCAGUCACUUGUUAAUGCCUUCAGCCUUCCUGCAUUGAUGUGGUCUUCACCGUUUCUGUAUGCUAUGAUAAACCACCUUCUCCUACAGGUCUUUUUCCCUAAUCAUGGCAGUACUUGACCUGUCUACACCAGAAGGUCACCUGCCACAAGCUGCAAACAUUCUGGAGUAGGACAAGAGUAGCCUCCUCCUUCUCUCUACUGUCCUGCAGUAGUGCUUCAGCUCAUCUCUGCCAGCCUAUUAAGAGAAUGCUAAUCAAAUUUCAUGAAGCAUCCUUGCACUUCUGUCUCUCAGAGCACCAUUUCAACUAUAGCCUGACUUAAGCAAAGUCAAGUUGUUCUGUUCGUUGUUGCACCACAAAGGCAAAAAAAAAAAAAAAUUCUAAAUUGUCAAAUUGUAUAGAUUAUAGCCUUCAGUUGUAUUUUUUCCUUAAAAAGUGUAAAUCUUUUAUUUUUCUCUCAACCAUGCAGUACAAGAGAUUUCCAGUAGUCUAAUGCCAGGCAUAUACUGCGAUUUUUUUGAUAUCAUGGUCAAGUGACUACUCACAUUGCACAAUAAUAUUGCCAGUCGUAUACGUGCUCAUACUGUACAAACACGUUCAGUACGAUUGACAUACAAUGAUGUACAUGUCCAUGGCCCUGACAGACAGUUUUACCCAUUGACAAUUUACAAUAAAGCUUUGCCCACUCAAAAAAAAACCCAACAAUAUAGCCACAUGCUUCUCAAAAUAUCAACAAACAGCCGACUGAAAUUUGUGACAUGACAGAAAUUCUCUUGAUUGUGUGACAGCCCGAUAGUAAGAUACUCUCGGGCCACGCAACCUCUCUCAUGCUGCACAUGAAACAACAAACAAUGAAGGUGAAAUUCAGGAUGACUCAGAAAAGCAGCUGGCAACUGCAAAUCAGCUUAAAAUUGUGCCAGAAUAGCACAGUGUAUGCCUGGCAUGGCAAAUCAUUCUCUCAGGUAUAGUAAAUGUCCACACUUUAUUCCACAAGGGAAGUGAUGUCAAGUGCUUAGAUGCUUCAGCCAAGCUGUCACUUUAUGUGAAAAGGAAAUCAAAGUACAAUAAUUCAAUUAUUCUGACAAUAUCCAACAUAGACAUUACUGGGAUAGUUGUUAUUGAUGCAGGGUAGCCAACCAACAAGUCAUAUGAACACCCGGCCCUGCCUCUGUGACAGUCUUCAAGAAUGCCAUAGUUUAGGAAAUACAUGCCUUUGUUUGCUUAGUGAAUGUAUAAUAUUAUUAGAGGAGAUGAGAUGAAAAGAUGUGUGAAAAGUAAAAUGUCAUCAACUAAUCAAGUGCUUUUGAAAAGGACAGUGAAUAACUCUCAUCUGCUGCCAUCACAAAUAUUAAAAAAACAUUUAAAUUCAAAGCAUAAAAUACAGGGAGUAUGGCAACCUCUAAUUAAUCCCUUUAACCCAGUAACCCUCACUGGGUUUGUGGGAUAGUAGGCUCAAAUAUGAAUUAUCAUGAAAUUCUGUCUUCUGCUGUCUGUGCUCUUAACAAGCUAGAGUUGCGCAGUUGGUUUGUGGUAGGCUGCUGUUAAUGAUGUUGCAUUUAGCUUAAUUCUGCCCCUAAAUAAAAACAAAGUUCUUGCUUGUAAACCUUGGGUUUACUUUUUAGAAAAUCAGAAAGAACUAUAAAAAUGUUUCACUGCUGUUGAAGCCAAGCAAGCAUCAGCAAUGCUACAUCAAGUGAUCUGGUAACCUCUGCUGUCCCACAUCCAGAUGUGUAUGUAUAUGGGUUAGGGAAAAAGUGUCUGGUCUGCUUGAUGCUGUUCAGAAGUACAAGGUGGCUUGGCUUACAUUUGCGUGUCUGUGCAUGAGAUCAGUCUAUUUCAGAUAUCCAUGUUCUAAGUGACAGCAUUCUAUAUAGUUAAUUAUAUGUACUGUACCACAGUAGGAGAGUAUGAUGUCAGUGUUCACCAACAAUGCAGCACUAACAGCAAUCCCGAUUAUCACAGGAUCUUUCGCACAGUGUUAAAAACUACUAAUUCUUGCCUUCCACUAACUUUUCUUACAUGUAAUAUAACAUUCUCAAAGUAUUUUAAUACAAUUCAAAAUAGCAGGAAGACAUAGCCUGGCACUGGGCACAUGGAAAGAAACAAUUUUGGACAGUGGGAUACGCCGAGUUUAAAAAAAAAAAAAAGGUUAAUUCUGUAAUUAGCUUAAGGAUAUUUAAUAAAGUACCAUUUUUGUAUUAUGUAACACAAAGUUUAGAAAAUAGACACAUUAAUACAUUUUCAUUAUCUAGUUCAGAUUGUUCCAGCAAUAACCAAUGCAUUGCAGGACACCAGCAAUCACACAACCACACAAAUCUGCAUCAACAAUUCGAGCAAAUAGUGUUUGGGAUGUGGAAAGAAAAUCAGAAAAGCCUAAGCAGACUGUAAAGCAGAGUGUAAACUCCAAAAUAAAUAAUGAUCUUGGCCAAAAUUCAAUCCUAGUCAUCUACUUUAAUAAAAUCUAACUACACCAUGGUCUAGCAUCCUUCUUGUGUUUAUAACACUCAUAUAACUCUGAAACUCUUCUGAGUAGCUGACAUCACUUUUCCUCAAAAUGGUUGCCAUGUUUCUUCCUCAGAUAUUAUGUCUUUUCUUUGAGCAACAGCUUAUUUCAUCUACAUUCUUGCCCAAAACCUGUCGAACAAGGUGGUUUGGCUGAGCUUUUUUAACACUGACAUCUAGCUGACUAGUCCCUUUUAAAGAACCGAAAAUGUAAUAAUGAAUAGUAAAAUUUCAAAGGUUAAGGAAACACUAUUAUAGCUCUCACUAGAAAAUGCUAGCAAAUAUGCGCAAGGAUCUCCUCCUAAAAUACAUUGAACAUCUGAGUCUGCAGCCUAGGCAAAAUGUUUCAGAUAAAUCUCACUUACUCUUUUAAUUUCUUUAUUAUUCAUAUGUAUUUUAUUGCAUAUAUUAUCUUUAUUAUUUAAUAUGCACUCCUGUUGAUUUAUCUCAAAUUGUUAAAUGUUUAAUUGAUUUAAUUUGAUAUAUUUAUUUUGUUUUCCAUUACACAUAUGAAACAAAUGAAAACCAUCCAACAAAGAAACAUGAUUUUUGAUAAAGAUGGAAUGAACUGAAAAGGCAUGUCGCACUUUUUGCUGAUUACUCUAGCUAGCAGGAGUCACAGAUGCAGCCCUUUUAGAAAGACUUAAAAUCGUUACAGCACUGCUGUGCACUGCAGCACAACCUUUUUCAGGUUUAAGAUUUAAAAAUAAAAAAAUAAACUGGGCAUUAAAUUCAUAAAAGCUUAAAAUCACAGAAGACAAAAGAACAGCAAGUAGCAAUGCAUCAAAAUGUAAGCAUGCUUUCUCUAGAAUAGAUAGUUAAUGUGUCUAUAUAAUGCAUUUAAAAACGUAAACCCAAAAUAACCCCUUUCACCGACACAUUAGCACUGCAGUCACACAAACAUUUCUCGUUUCAGAAUUAGUCAUCAUAUACAAAGUAAUAAAAGUUAAAAUUACAUUCCAAAGUUGCACCUUUUGUACUUGCAUAAUAAAUCAACAUUUGACUAUUUAUGUUUAACCUGAGAUUGCAAGUUUGUUUUUUUUUUUAAACAUCUAAUUGUUACAAGUUCAGACUACUUCAAUCUUUUUAUUUCCCCUAACAAUAGCCGCAGUGACUGCAUAAACAAAACAAUGAAGUUACCAAAUGAAAUUAAUUACAAACCAAACAGCUAAUUAUAAGUAUGGAUUGCAGAAGGCCGGAAGCUGAUCUGUAUCUACAUUCUACAAAAACCUUCCUUCUAAUGAAAUCAACCAAUAAUAGUAGUAACAUUUAUAUCAAACUCUGAAAAUGAUCUUUUAUUAUUAUUAUUAUUUUUAUUAUAUAAAAUAUUAAUUCAAAUUCAUUCUUAAAGGCAUUUUUGAUGUGACAGUCUCCAAGAUAAUCAAAUGCAAAGUCUGUAAUUGCAGUGUUGUGUUACCUUUGAGCAGUCUAUUAACUUUAUUUAAUAUUGAAUGCUUAAUAUUUUCUACUAUAUGUAAUACAAAGAGUAAUGAAAAGAUACCUAUAAUGUGACUGUGGAUUGCACAAGGAUGUACACACCUUUAGAAAAUACUGGAUAUAAUUCAACAUUGACAGAGAGCUGCUGAUUUGACUAGACACACUGAUCUAGUAUGACAUGUCCAGGGUGGAGACGAGCAAAUGUUGGCAUUCAUGUGAACCCCUCCACCCUAAACAGAUGCCUCACAAAUUGUAGGCUCACUCUUCAAUUGUUGUAGAUGCAAAUGUUGUGGCUGUCAUGGUGGUGCAGAGUCUGCAUGUUCCUCCCAUUUCUUUUUUUUUUUUUUAAGGGUACUACAGUUUUCCCCUGCAUCCUAGAUUUUUCCAUGUAAAAAUCACACGAGAAAGUCCUGCCUUGUAGUGCUGCAUGGACAGGCUCUGUGUCUGUGAAUAUUAUUAAGCACGUCUCAGUACGUUGUGUUGAUAAUCUUAUUAUAUGUGAUUAAAAUAAUGUACUAGAGCAGGGGUGCCCACACUUUUACAGCUUGCAAGCUACUUUUAAAAUGGCCAGGUUGAAAUGAC